AUGGCCAACUGUUUUGAGCAAUGUAGAGGGACGAGGUCGCGCGCGGGCGGCCGUGAGUUUAAAGUCUCCAUUGAGCCCGUGCCCGACGAGUUGCACGACUUAUUUGACAAGUGCCCCGCUGCGGAGUCCCUGGUGUCGAUCAAGCCUGAUGUUAACAACACGGCUUUCGUCGCCUUCAAAACCGACACGGCUGCGACAGAUGCAGCUUUGUGGCUCAGAUCGCAGAAACUCCGUGGGAACAGCGUCAAGUGCUCCAUCAAGUCGGAGCAGUUCCUACGCAGCUUCUUUCCGAUGCAGCCCAUGCCGGGAUUUCCGGCGCAUGGUGUCCCUCCCUGGGCUGCCGCCAUGAACUACCAGGUGUGGCGCGCAAAUGCUCCUGGCGGCUGGGCUUCCGGGCAGGGGCCACCCUGGAUGGCUCCGUCACCUGAUGAGGGCAAGGAUGGAAAGGGCAAAGGAAAGGACGGCUUCAAGGGCAAAGGCCCAAUGAAAGGCGCUGAGAAAGGCUCCGACAAGAGCAACAUGAGCAAAGGUGGCAAAGGACCCCCUGGCAAGGGCUUCGACAUGGGCUUUGACACGGGCUUUGACAAAGGCUUCGAGAAGGGAAAAGGCAAAGGCAAGCCUGAAGGGAAGUUUCGCUCCAUGAGCAAAGGCGAAGCGGAUUUUCAGGCCGUGCAAAGCGACAUGGGCAAGGCCGCUGACUUCGAUGAUGACAGCCUUGGGUACCAGCAUGACUUCCGUCGGUAUAGCAGGCAGCAAAUCGUAGAGGUUUGCAGCAAGAUGGAAGUCGUCGAGAAGCCUGAAAGUUACAAGAAGAUAGAAGCCAAGUUCCCGGACUUGCUGCUUUUCAGCGACACGCCGAACAAGGAUUGGGCACCAUUGCCAACUCCUGUCGACAGCUUCCUUGGCUCUGAAAGCCGCAGGACGGGAGAGGACAGCGACCUCGAUGGAGCACCCCGCGGCCGCGGCCGGAAGGAACGUGGCAGUCGAACAUCACGUUCGAGGAGCGUCGAUCAGCAGCCUGAAAGCACAACGCAGGAGCCACAGCCCGAUGACUGGGAGUGGAGCAGCUGGCAGGACAACACGCAGGGCGGGUGGUGGUCAGAGCGCUGGAACCAUGGAGACGACUGGCAUGGUCGCAAGAUGCAGUGGGUUGCAAAGACCAGCUCAGGUGCCACCGACGAUGACGAGACAAAAGCCAAGCGAAAGCCCAGCUGGGCAGAAAAGGCAGCCAAAGGAUCUGCUACGCAGAGGUGGCAGGCGAAGAUGAAGCUUCCCGAAGCAGAGGAGCCUUCCGCUGCCCCCGAGCUGCUCGAUGAAGCGGACGAAGCGGGGGCAGCAGAGCCGAAGACGACAACUUGGGCAGACAAGGCUUUCCCACCGCACUGGGAGAUGGUGUUGCAAGGAAGAUAUCGCUACUCAGCCCGCGAUGUGUUGGGCGAGGGUCGGGCGGCGCGAGUCUUCAAAGGCACCGACCAAAGACUUGGUCAGCAAGUGGCACUCAAAAUCUACCACAGCACCGAAAGGAUGUGCCAGCACUGCUUCCACAACAGUAUCGAGAUGAGUUCGUGGUUGAAACGCCCGAUGGGCUCCGGGCUGGGGCUUCCAGGGUGGACAGUGGACAUCCUGGGCUAUUCUCAGGACAGCCGCGGCAACCCUGGGGUUGACUCCACCGGAGUGAUGUUUACCGUGAUGGAACUUGGGUCUGAAUCUCUUGAAGACAUGCUGGCCAGGAGGUGCCGCGAGUCGAGGCACUUUUCGCUAGCGGAGCUUCGCGAACUUCACUGGGCGCUGGUGUCCUUGGCUUGCCAAUUGCAGUCGCACGGCGUGGUUCACCUGGACAUCAAGCCCUCGAACAUUGUCAAAUUUCCAAAGGCUGGUAGAUGCCAGUGGAAGCUGAUCGACCUCGACUGCUGCGUCCGAGCUGGCGUUGUUGUGCGAUACGGGGACGUGACCUUCACGCCACCUUACAUGGCGCCAGAGUUGGCCAGAGCCUAUCUCAAGGCAGGACCGGGUCAGGCCCAGCAUUGCCCUGUGGUACUGGCCCCCUCGAUGGACCUAUGGAGUAUCGGGGUUUGUGUGCUCGAGACGAUGUUCCUAUCUUCAGUGCUGACUGACAGAUACUUGCAGCUCAGGAGACACACCGGCUGCGACAACGACUUCUUGAGAUGGCUCGGUGAGGACUCUGGAAACCCCAUCUUGCCGACCUUGUACGAGACCGCGCGCAGCAUCAGCGAAGAGUUGGCCAGCUUUGUGGUGGGCAUGUUGAACAAGGACGUAUCGAAACGACUGGGGGCGAGCGAGUGCACGCAGCACAAGUGGUUCGACCCCUUGCGCCAGAAGAUGGCUUCGAGACCGCUUCGACGGGCGCAAAGUGUGCAGCAGCUGCCUUCCAUAAGUGCUCAAUCCACUGUAGCAAACAGCGGAGUGGGGCCCGCGCCAGUGCAAGUUGCGGCCGCCGUCGAGCAAGUCCCGGACAUCCGCAUGACGAUGAG